AUGAAUAUGAAGCUCUUCCUCGUUGUUUUCCUAUGCAGCCUCGUCCAAGUGGCCCUUGCCGUCCAGCCACAUAAGUCUUUCGUUGUCACUUAUCCUCAAGAUACGCCAGACUCGGUUCUGGGCCAGGCAAAGCAAGCUAUCAAAGAUGCCGGUGGCAUUAUCACCCAUGAAUACCAUCUGAUCAAGUAUUAUCGACCCCUUCUCUCCCAACUACUGAACGACGUCACUGACGCAGGCAACCAGAGGAUUCGCGGCAAAGGCUUCUGCCAAUGCCAUCAAGAGUGUAUCGACAUUGUCCGCUGCAUUCAAUCCCGUCAUUGA